AUGGCGUCGGCCACGAGCGCCACGCGGUUGUUCGACAUCCAGCGCAUCGUGGGCGUCCCCGCUACCUCUUCGUCACUGCCAGCGCUCGAGGUCUCGUCCAUGGCCGUGUACACAACGGACAAGAAGCAGCUGCUCGCGCUGGCCGUGAGCGAAGAGGUCCCUCAGCCGUCUACGUCUCGAGUCAAGAGCGACGCCGCGUCUGCUGCUGCGGGCGGAGCUGCUGAUGCCACGAGGAAUUUCCUGUUGCUCCGGACAAUUGAAGAAGACGAACGCAUUCGCUUCUGGCGCUUUCCCGUGUGCUCGACCGCCAAGCAGCUGCGAGCAGGCAAAGCCGAGCGGCUCGCGGCGCUCGAGUUCAGUCCCGAAGGCGAUUGGCUCGCCGCGCUCUCGCCACGGAAGAACCGCCUGCACGUGAUCCCUGUGCUGAAGCUGGUUGCGAACCAGCGCCGGGCAAUGCUGGCCGCGUCGUGUCCUGAUCGCCAUCGUCGUCGUGUCAACUCGCAUUCGCACCAUCCGGAGCUAUUGAGUGUCUGCCAAGCAGCCAUGACGACGCAAAUGGCGUCGUAUCUUCGAGCGACAAACGAGUUUGGAGGGCUAAACGGCGCGCGGUACCACUCUCAAGUUGCUGGCGACGACGAGCAGAUGAGCACAUUGGAAUUUGCGCCUGGCAUUGGCACCAUCACGUGCGUGCGAUGGUGGCGAGCUCUGAACGGCAAGAACUAUUGCCUUGUGGGCGGCUCAGAGAGCUUGAUCUCGAUUGUCAAUGUGGAAGAGAACGCCGAAGAGUGUCGGUGUGAGCUCGUGCAGGCAGGGACGAUCGUGAGCAUCGACUUGCUGUAUGAGAAAUUUCGCAAAGAAUGCCGAACAUCAAUGCUCGUCAAGACGAAAACGGACGAUGAGGUGAACGACGAAGAGAGAGAUGCGGGAGGAAGCGGUGUACGCUACUAUCGCGUCGUACUGGAGAAAAAGUGCCAAGUGAGAGCAAACGUGGCAUCGACCAAAGAAAAAUACACGAGGCAAGACGAGGGAUUGACACAAGCAACGUCAACGCUCAAGAUAGUGACGACGAGUGGCGGAUCGUCAUCUUCCAGUGAGUCAACGUUUACCACGACGAAUGAUGUUGGAUUGUCAAGCCCGUUCGGUUCUGCCAAAACGCCAAAGUAUGUUGUCAAGACAUUCCCACAACACUUUCUUGAAGACCUCGAUUUUCGACCGCAGCGCAUCAAAAAGAACUCACCGCAGGUCUGUUUGUAUCCUAUCAACGACACACUGAGCUCAGAAUCGUCACUGGCGAUGUAUGAUUGCAAGAAGGGAAGAGCCAAUGUGUACUCCAAUUUUCAUUGGAGACCAAAGGGUGAGUAUGAGAUGCCAAGCCUUCUGCCUUCAUCUUGCGAUGGCACUGACAAGCGCGGUGAGGCUAAAAGCAGCAACAGCAAUGGUGUACAGGAAGAAGAGGCACAAGACCUGGAGAGUAGCAGCGAGAACGAUGAAGUCGUGGACGUGGACUUGACUUACUGCUCAACGGAUAUAAUGCUACUCCAAGGUCGCACGUCCAAGUCUAACAAGACAGUUGCAACGUGGGUUUCCCUCCCGUCUCAUCAGGCAGCUGACGAAGGUAUCGUCAAAGCACACAUCGUACAUUAUCUCUCGCUGCAUGGAAACGAAAAGAUUGAGCGUGUAGUGCAGAGCACUGUUCGGAGUCGUGGACGCUUGCAACGUGGUGGUGCUAGCGUCGGUGGUAGCCAACCAGGUGAGGCAGAGGUCAUUUAUGUGCUGCAGACGAAGCACCACGUGUACGAGUGCAGACCACAAUGGUCACGUUUAGCGCUCUUCAAGGCACUGUGUGCGCAAUCCAUUGCGCUCCGGGAUGCCUUGUCGAUCGGUUACGCGCUUGGUAUUGAUAUGGCGUCACUCUGCCAGGUUGUGGCAAACACCCUAUACACCAGUGUCAUUGACGGUAGUGUAAACGCGGACGCACAGCUUAUACAAUGGGUGCGCGACCUUUUCGAGGAAUCACGGAUCGUACCAUCUGGUGCGAUUGAACAGCUCACUGCAAUGGGUGGUGUGCAGAGCGCCAUUGACUACGCUCGGCAUGUACUUGCCAAACCUGUGCGCGAGUCAUCAUACGACGAAUCGGAAAGGAGACGUAUCGCUUACUUGUUGGUGGAGCUGGUGCUUCGGCAGCAACUUCAGAAACAUAAGUCGUUUGACACAGGAGCAGGGCACGUACUGUCAGGACAAGAUAAGCAAGACGAGGCAAGAACGACGUGGCUCGUGGAGUUUCUCGAGACCAAUCUCGAUUACGUGACUUCCGAUGUUGUGGACCUCUGCUUAUCUCAGAGCGACGUGGAAAAGGCCAUUCUCGUUGCGACUCGACGCAACGAAGUGCCACAAGCUCUUGAGAAGAUCGUUCAGGAGGGAUUGGCAGCUUGUGUAUCCGAGCAAAUGUUGCGCUAUUUGCUCCGAACGGGCCACGCCGCUACGCUGACAUGUCCACAGAGUCGCUUGAUUCUGCGGUCAUUCCCGAUUGAGAUCCAGGCAGAGGUGUUGCUGGCGCACCCGCCAUCUAUUCUACAACACCGAGGCUGGCUUGAGCGGAACGCGCCAUCGAUUUCUCGAACGCUUUGCCGCGAACUCACUGCUAAGAUUGACCCCACGCAACCGGAAAGCAGUGGGUAUAUUCCUUUCGCAACAAUGGAAAAACGUUCGUCGACUGGACCGUAUUCUGAUGUCUCCACGUCGGAGUACAUUCGUACGUCUCCAGAAGAGCACGUGGAGCUGUAUCUGACGUUGCUGCUUCGAUUGAGUUGCAACAGUGAUCGCUCAGGAGAGCAAUCGAUGGACGAUGACACCGAAAAUGAUGGUGCAUGUUCACAAGCCAAGCUCGAGAUGCUCCUGAAGGAUUUGGCCACGCAAUAUCGUCCGCCCAUUAUGGUGGCUCGAUGUGUGGACUAUGAGAAUUGGACUGCCGCUGCCUGUAUAUAUGAAGCACACGGAGAGUUGGUGGAAGCGUUGGAGUGUCGGUUGCAGUCGCACAACACACACAAUGCGAAGCUGCUGCGCUCAAGAUCCGUCGAAGGGACAGCAUUGUCGACGAAUGCGAUAACUUGUCACGCUCUAGCCUCGGAAGACUCGAUCGGUACUUCCGUGCCGGAUGUGGAAUUCCACGAGCAGAUGCGCGAGGAACUCUUUGGAUUGUUGAGGUCGCUGGUCGUCCGGAGCCAUAGCUCGGAAGCUAUAUCCGACCAGGUUCGUGCCGCGAUCCUUGCACGUAUUUUGGUCAAAUGGUUCGACUACGGGCUCCAGAGCGCCGAGCUGGAGACCUUUCUUGUCGAUGCGGACGUGUUCCCGCACGUGUCGUCGUUAUUGGCCCAGAUCUUUUUCUUCGAGGUCGUACGCUCCAUUCCACGGCCCGAGUCGGUCGGCCUGGCGGUCUCGACAUCGAGUGAAGGUUAUGGAGACAGUUUUGACGAUCGGGACAAGGAGUGGGUGCUACAGUGUCAGCAUCUCUCGUUCUCAGGACAGUUCCUCUUUCGCGUGUGCGUUUCGUUCUUGGAGAAGGACCAAGUGAGUCAGGCAUUGUCAGGCCCCAGUCCGCUGUCCCCGAUGAUCCAAUUGAAGCUGGUGAAGACCAACGUGGUGAAGAACGAUCUGUCUCACACAUUUGUUCACAUUGCUCCUCACUCGGCGCAAGCACUUGGAAAGACCGACCCACUGGAGACGCACAUGAAGGUGUUUACGUGUGGCCACCUCUUUCCGAAGCGCGUGUUUGAGGAAGAGGUGGUGCCGGAAUUUGACAAGCGCAUGAGUGUGUUACCGAUACCUUUGUCUGCAACGAAAGAAGCCUUCGUGCGCGAGUUCAAGCGUGGUGCCAGCGAGACGCCGUGUCCAGUGUGCAGUUUCAACAAGAUCAGUGAGCUCGUGUUCCAACAGUACAACACGAGGCAAGCUCUGCAGCACAAGGAGCGUUUGGAUGGACAGACAGGGUCGGUUGCCACGAGUGACUCGCCGCGGCAAAUCCGAAGUGCUCGUCCGCAUACGCAGAAACCCGACAUGCCUUACUACUUUCUGCAUCGGAAAGCCAGCGAACGUCUUGGAUACUCGACGGUCGGUGGAAGCUCAACGCAUGAGGCAUGGGAAUGGAGUGAGCAGCGUCUUCCGUGA